AUGAGUGCCAACCAUAUUGACUCAUCUACAACUACGCCUCGCCUCAGCAAGGAUCAUCACGAGCCAACCAUGGAGCCCGCCAUGGCCACCGAUGCCCUGGACAAAGAGGCGUUUAGAGCACCGCAAGAGGACACCGAUGUUGAGAGUGCACAUGGCCCACAAUCCCCCGAGAAACCUGCAGAUAAAGACCCCAAUCUGGUUGAAUGGGAUGGCCCAGAUGACCCAGAAAACCCUCAAAACUUUUCUAGAGGACGCAAAUGGUUGAUCACGGUGACCAUGUCGUUGAUGACCGUGUGGAUCACAUUUGCCAGUAGUGUCUUCUCGACUGCAACCACCGUCACAGCCGAAGAGUUCAAUGUUUCUACUGAAGUCAUGGUCCUAGGAACCAGUCUUACUGUCUUCGGUUUCGCCCUCGGUCCUCUCUGCUGGGCCCCGAUGAGCGAACUAUACGGCCGCCGCAUUCCACUAUUCUCCGGCUACGCUAUCUUCGCCAUUUUCCAAAUCCCCGUCGCCGUGGCCACAAACCUACAACAGAUCAUGAUUUUCCGUUUUCUCAUUGGUGUCUUCGGCUGCUCUCCACUAGCCGUGGUCGGUGGUGCCAUGGCCGACAUCUGGGACCCCGUUGAUCGAGCUGUCGCUAUCGCCAUGUUCAGCGGAGCUACCUUCUUGGGCCCAACUAUGGGUCCCAUAAUUGGCGGUUUCAUCACGGACUCAUAUCUGGGCUGGCGCUGGACUGCGUGGAUCACACUUAUCCCAUCGGCAUUCUUUGGCCUACUCGCCCUUUUCAUCGUCCCGGAGACCUACGGUCCCAAGCUCCUCCAGGACCGGGCUGCCCGUCUUCGACGCGAAACCAAGAACUGGGCACUUCACUCCUUCCUUGAUGAGCACAGGCCCACUUGGGGUGAUAUCGCGAACAAGUACCUUCUCCGUCCAUUCCAGAUGCUCGUUUUGGAGCCUAUCCUCCUCUUCAUCACUCUCUACCUUGCCCUCAUCUACGGAAUUCUCUACCUUUUCUUCGAGGCUUACCCUAUCUCCUUUGGCGAAGUGCGGGGCUGGAAACAGGAAGGUGUCGCCGCACUCCCUUUCAUCGGAAUCAUGAUCGGUGUCUUCUUGGGUAUUUCCCUGAUCAUCUACACCACCAAAACUCGCUUCGCUCGCAAACUGGCCAAGCAUGGUCGUGUCGUUCCUGAAGAGCGCCUAGUACCAAUGAUGAUUGCCUCAGUCCUCUUGCCAAUCGGUCUCUUCUGGUUCGGUUGGACCUCCAAGAAAGAGAUUUCGUGGGUGCCACAGGUCAUCGCCGGUGUCCCAAUUGGAUUGGGUAUCCUGGUUAUUUUCAUGCAGGGUCUCAACUACAUCAUUGAUGUCUAUAUGAUGUUCGCCAACUCGGCUAUUGCUGCCAAUACACUCGUACGGUCUACACUUGGUGGUGCUUUCCCGCUUUUUGCGGCUCAGAUGUAUGACAACCUUGGCGUAGACUGGGCGUCCAGUGUCUUGGGCUUUAUCACCGUCGCUAUGAUUCCUAUUCCGAUUUUGUUCUUCUUCUAUGGAGCCAAGAUUCGAGCUAUGAGUCGAUUCAGCCCGAAGUUCUAA